AUGAGGUUGCAAUUCUUUCCCAACAACCACAGGAAUAUUGUCAAACUCCUUGGGUGUUGCUUAGAGACAGAAGUUCCACUGUUGGUUUAUGAGUUUAUAUCAAAUGGCAUGCUUGCUCAUCAUCUUCAUGUUGAAGGAAACAUAUCACUCCCGUGGAAUGAUCGGAUGAGGAUUGCCCUCGAAACUUCCAAAGCUCUAGCGUAUCUACAUUUAGCUGCUUCAACACCAGUACUUCAUAGAGACAUCAAGUCAUCUAAUAUACUUCUUGAUGACAAUUUAACAGCAAAGGUAUCGGAUUUUGGGGCUUCACGGCACAUAUCAAUUGAUCAAACUGGAGUGACUACGGCCAUUCAAGGAACCAUUGGUUACUUAGACCCAAUGUAUUAUUAUACAUCCCGCCUAACAGAUAAGAGUGAUGUUUUCAGUUUUGGUGUUCUUCUUAUAGAAUUACUUACUAGAAAGAGACCAACUGUGCGGACUAGUGAUGGUGACAGCCUUGUUUCACAUUUCGCAUCACUAGUCACUGAAGGUGACCUAGUUGGCAUAAUAGAUCCUCAAAUCAUGGACGAGGCAGAGGUUGAAAAGGUUGAAGAAGUUGCCAAGCUAGCAGCAAUGUGUACAAAAUUGAAUGGAGAAGAUCGGCCUACAAUGCGGGAAGUUGAGAUGACACUAGAAAACUUGAGAACCACGAAGAAGCAUACUCAUCAUAAUAUAGCAACAAAGAGAUAUGAAAAGGAUCAAAUUGUUGCUCCUUAUAUUUCAAUUGAAGGACUUACUAUGGAAGCAAGUAGACAAUACACUACAGAAGAAGAAAUGUUGUUGUCAGGCGCCUAUCCACGAUGA